CGAGUGCCAUCUGUGUCCCUGUGCCAUUCGGCCCCUGUUGCUCUCUGGCAAAAGGCUGUGGAUGAGAAAACAGAAAAGUUCACACUGGUCUACAGGUUUCCGGGGAUUAAGUACUGCAGGAUGCUGUCCAGGUUGAAGCUGUUACAGACUGCCACCACCAUGGUCAUGCUGCCUCCCAUCUGCUACCUCUAUCUGCAAGACCAGGUUUCUCAGAACAUCCUCUUGUAUACAACUGGCAUUGCGCUCUUUGCUGGCGCAAUGUUGUAUGGUAUGAGCUACUUUUUCAGACGGAUUAUUGGAUUAAUCUAUGUAAGUGACACCGGCCGUACUGUCAGAGUGGCCCACUUGACGUUCUGGGGAAGACGGAACGACAUUUACUGUCCCGUGGAGACAGUGAUAACUUUGGAUGAAGUUGGAGACAGCAAGGGGGAGCUACUUCUCCAGUUCAAACGGUAUAAUAGUACAGAUAUUUUAUAUUUUACGCUCAAGUAUGGCCAGAUCGUAGACAGACAGAAGUUUACUCAAAUAUUUGGAGAACUUGAGUGA